AUGCUGGCCAUUGACACCAUUCCCGUGCUGGGGUUCAGAGACAUCAAUCUUUCUAAUAUCAUGGAUCCGGAACUGCCCCCAGCCACUAAUACCCGGACUAUGCUCCGCCCCGAGGAUGCCUCUCGAUUGGGACGCCCUUUUCGCCUUGACGACUCCGACAGAACCCGAGCUGCGAGUGAGAAUACCAGGAUGAAUGUUGAAAGAGAAGGAGGGAGUGCCCUGGGUGCGGAGGAUUCUUCUCCACAGCGGGAGGAAAGAACGGUGGCACAAAAUAAUAUCGGCCGCGAGCCAACCCUACUGUCUCUUGAAGAUACGACUGAACUGUUCCGGAGAAAGGUUGCGGAUGCAAGACAAGACACCGAACAUGCGCUGGCGGGGAGUGAAGCCGUCAGCGACGCCGUCAAGCCGAAGCUCACAUUGGACUUGGGGCACUCGAACAUCGCAAGAUUACCAGAAAGUGUCGUGGACCUGAUCAAGGCCGAGGUCGAAAGGUUAUCUCUAUCCCACAACCAGAUCUGGCACAUCCCGCUUCGGUUUUCGGAAUGCUCACAUUUACGAUAUCUCAAUAUUCGGUCCAAUGUGUUCCGGGAGAUCCCACGGGGGGUGUACAAGCUGGGCCAACUGGAAAUCUUGGAUAUCAGUCGAAACAAGGUCCGGAAGAUCUCGAGUGACAUCAAAAACUUGAAGUCUCUCCGUGUCUUCUCGGUGGUGCACAAUCGAGUGGAAGAUUUGCCAGUGGAGCUGUGUGAGAUGACCAAACUGCAGAUAUUGAAGAUCGCGGAGAAUCCAUUGCGGUUCAAGUUGAAGAAAAUCGUGGAGGCCAAGGAAUCCGAAGUCUCCUUUUCAGAAAUGACAGAUCACGAAAGAGAGACAGCAAUCACCCUGGAGAUCAAGCGAUAUCUGAGAGAGAUACAUCCCGUCAUCACUCCCAUUGAUGUCGAAGCGUCCCUUCAAGUCGACGAGAGCCCGAUGGAGAUGACACCAAAACCACUGAAGCGAUCGCUGAGCAGCAGGUUUCCCGUCAUCCCCAGCACCAAUAGUACUGACUCCGGGUCCGAGGCCAAUAAAUCAUCACCGAUCCAAAAUCUCGCAAAUCCACCCGCGGUGCCGACUCGCUCACACUAUCGAAUGGCCUCUAAUACACAACCGAUUGCGCUUCGACGGCCAGGUAUUGCCCCCUUGAUUAGCCAGAAUAAUGAGAGGAACCGGAGCAACAGCGAAAGUGUCCUCCAAGCGUCCGCCGCGGCUCGGCAAAAAAGGAUGGGCAUGCUGCGGAAAGAAAAGCCUGACUUGGACAGCAUUGACGAGCUCAAAGUGAACCGGAACAGCCAUCUCCGAGGAUUUAGCCACGGCUCGGUUCUGAAACGUAAUGGUGCGCUGUCGUCCCCUGGCGGGAAUAGCUCUUCGAGUCCCAGCAGUCCACGCGACCCCAGACGGCACAGACUCGCGUUUGUGAAACGAUUGUCGAGCCUGCCGGAACACAAGGUCGAGACCGAAUGGGACAACCCCGUCAUCGAAGGGGCCAAAGGGAUUUUAUAUGCCCUGUAUCAGAUCCAUCCUCAAAUAUCCGGUCUGAUCGCGGCGAUCAGAGGAAAGGACGUGCGGAGGAGCACACUAGAGUUUACCCUUUUCAAUGCCUCCACCCAUGUCGACCGGCUCAAUUUAGCACUGGAAGAAGCUGAUGCUGUCGAUCCCGGAGACACGGACGCGGUUGAGAAAGUCGAGGAUAACGUUCGCACGGACUGUGCCACCUGCAUUAUGGCCUAUACACACGUAACUUCACAGCUGCAGGAUAGCGUCAAGAAAAUUGUCGCGGGGUCUGAUGCCCGUUAUGUGCGGACACUGAUGCUGCUCCUCUACGGAAGUAUGAUGGAAGUCAGAAAUGCAAUUCAAAGCUUUGGGGCAGAUGUGAGAGUCACACAGGGUCUGGGUCAUAGAAGACAGAUGUCCAGUGGAAACGCGCAUCCUAUUCAGACUAUCCCUGAGGAGUUCAGCACUCCUUUGCAGCCGGUCCGAGCAAUCACACCCACCCGAGACAGAAAUCUUGCUUCCAGACAAGCUGGGAGAUUGCGCAGUGACACGGCCAUUCAGCACCCAGUUGCCGAUAACAUCCCAGCAUAUCAAUCGAAUCCUGUACCACCUGCAGGUUCGGCUGCCCUCCCGACUCCGAUUCACUUGACCGGUACCACUUUGAAUGGUGGCACUCUCACUGGCACAUCCUCUACCUUUUCAAAUAGUGGCACUCUCACCUCUGUUUCCAGUUCUGGGUUCAGAUCACGGUCCGGGUCACGCACGGCGAUGACGAUGAAUGGCUUCACCUCGUCGUCGGUAGCGAGUACGCCGCGGUCAGGCGAAGCCUUCAGCCUCCCGCCCUCGAAUUCUUUCGCCGCUCGAGUCAACCCCAUCACGGGUCUCACUGAUGCCCAAGAGGAAGUCGUGUUCGAGCAGAUUUUCAUCGCCCUAACAAAUGCGCACGAUGCUGCUUUACGCACCAUCCCGUUCGUCAAGGUACAAUUUCUGCGAUGUCUAGAGGCGGCAGAAGAGAACCGACAGCCGAAGGCGAUGCACGAUCUCUGGUCGACCCUGGUCUAUCGCUGCAAGUUAUGCAUCGAGAUCAGCGAAGCCCUCCGAAUUCGACUCACCAACAUGCGGCUGCAAGACCCGAGCAUUCAUAUCGUCGUCGCAGGUAGCGGGCGAAAUGACCCUUCACUGUGGCUCCUUUGCAAGAACUUUUUGAUGAGUUUCAUUGAGCUUCUGACGGAGAUGCGGAUCGCCAAAACCCAAAGGUUGCUGUCCCAGGAGAUCAUCACGAUGUUGAGGCCCGUCCAGAAAGCGAGCCGUGAAGCAGGGAGGUUGAUCGAGACGAGUCCCUGGCGGUACUUGACCGAUAGUGCUGCAGCCGCGAUGCCACCGCCGAGCGUCUUCGGUGCCAACUCAAGCCAAGCGCCCAGCGCUGUGGUCAACGGCAACGGAUAUCCCAGUAGCAUUCACGCAACACUCACUACCGGCAGCAAUCCCUCACCGUAUCCACCGAGCGCGGGCUCCUCUCAAAUCUCGAAUUAUCCAUUGCAAAGUCCAUUCCCUCCUCCCCUCGUUCCCGUCCCGCCGAUCCCUGGUCUCGCUUCGGCGAACGCGCCAAAUACAGCAACAAGACAAAUGGUCAACGGCAGCAUCCUUUCGAUAUCCUCCCUGUCCCUCGGCUCUGUGGGAUCUGCGAAUGCUGCCGCCACAAAUGGCAUCAGCCCGGUCUCGGUCCCGCUCCCGGCGACACCGCUCUCGGCCGCCCUCGGACCUGCAGCCCAGGCAACGGUGCCGACGAACGUUCCGAGUGCAAAUGCAAGCUCGAAUCCUCUUGCAACACCAACAACUUCGUCGGCACUACCGACGCCUGUGGCGGCCAUCCCGAGCACGCCGGCGAGCGCGUACGGAGAUUCUUUUUUCCGCGGCGAUGUAUUUCAGAGGGCGGACAGCCUCUUGAGUAUGCCGCAGAUCGGGGGCGUGAACUUUCUGAACAGGCGGUGA